AUGGGGGAGUCAAACCUCUGUCUUUCACUACUCCUUACCACACUCACCUUGGCUUAUGCCCAAGAGGAGCAGGGAACAUGCUUGUUAAACCAAAGGUACAACGUCAACCACAAGUAUGAAUACUUGUAUGAAGCUGAGUCCUUGAAUGCUAUCACCGGUGCUUCACACCUCAGGAAUGGACCUAAGGCCACUUGCAAGGUUGAAAUUGAAGUACCUCAGACUUGUCGUUUCAUCAUCCGCACCACUGACUGUAGUCUCAGUGAGGUGAUCGACAUGGACGCAGAGGGCAAACCUGUGUUCGGUCCUGCACCAAGCUCUGAUGCUUUUGCUGCUGAAAUGGAGAGAUAUCCUCUGAAGGUUGUGGUUGAAGGUGUGUAUGAUGUGAAGCUGUAUCCCGAGGACGGUGAGACAACAACAAUCCUGAACAUCAAGAGGGGCAUCAUCUCUGCCCUCGCUGUGCCUCUGCUGGAAGAAAACGAGAAAAAGAACAUGCCCACCAUCCACGGCAAGUGCAAGACCACUUACUCCAUCAACGCUAGAGAGGACAUUGCAACUGACAUCAGCCUCACCAGGGACCUGUCCAGCUGUGACAAAUUCAACCCCAUAAGAGAUCACACCAGCCCCCUGGCUCUUAUCUCUGGCAUGCACUACCCUCUUGCCCAGCUGGUCAGGAGCUCUCAGACCUGCAACUACAAAUUUGACAAUGAGAAGAAACACAUGACCUCUGGGUCCUGCACUGAGAACCACAUCCUCAUUCCCUUCUCUCACAAGGGAAAAUACGGAGUUACCAAUGUUGCAAAACAGGCACUGAAUCUGGUUGAGGUUUCUGCUCACAAUGACAGAGUCUUUGACCGCAGUGGCACUGUCAAGGGUCUUCACAUGGAAGUUGUUGAGGACAAGAGUGUUUUCCAGGACAAAGAAGCAGCUCUGAACCUCCUGAGAGAACUGGCCGAUCUGCCCGAGACCGAGGGUGAUAGGAGGGCCCACCUCUUCCACAAGCUUGUCACUAUGGUCCGUGGAAUGAAGACUGAGACCCUGAGUCCCGCCAUUCCAGAGGUUCUUGCAGUGUCCCGAGUCCUGACCUACCAGGUUCUGGUGCAGUGUGGAACCCCUGAGUGCAGCAGUGCCAUCAUGCAGAUCCUCAGGACUUUUGACACCUCCUCACUUGAAGUGGAUGCCAGUGUUUUUACUUUGGGACUUGUGUCCAACCCCUCUGACCUCCUGAUCAAUGACAUGCUUGAGAUGGCCAAAUACAAGCCCAGCAAGCCCAUCAUGUACGCCCUGAGCAAUGUUGUCAAAAGGUUUUACAAAGCUGAGGAAAAACUGAUCCCUGAGAUCUUCUCAGUUGCUGAGUUCAUGGCUGCCCAGUUGGGUGACUGCUCUGGUGACGAGGAAAACACUUUCAUGACAUUGAGAGUUAUUGGCAACAUGGCUCCAGCUCUGGUAUCUGCUGGUCCUGCACUCAGAUCUGCUGUGAUCCAGUGUGUCAACCAACCUGCUGCUUCCCCAGCUGUGCAGCAGGCUGCCAUCCAAGUAUUCAGGCUGACUCCCGUCCCAGAGGAGGGCAGAGAGGUUCUCAUGCAGGUGCUUUUGGACAGCGCUAGCCCCAUGCAAAAGCGUAUUGCUGCAUAUCUGGUGCUUAUGAAGGACCCCCAGCCCACUGAGCUGGCCCAGCUGGCUGAUGCCUUGCCCAAGGAGCAGGACAAACAAGUCAAAAGCUUUGUGAUCUCCCACAUCACCAACAUUUUGUCCUCAACUGAGCCAGAGACCCAAGAACUGAGACAGAAGAUUCUUGACGCCCUGCAGGGUAACGAGAUCGGAUCCACCAUGGACCCCACCAAGUUCUCUCGCAACUACAAAAUGGGAUCUGUGGAGGGCAACAUGAUCUUUGAGGGUACCAGCUACCUGCCCAAGGAGCUCAUGCUUGAAAUGACUCUGAAGGCAUUUGGCUUUGACAUCGACAUGAUGGAGAUUGGUAUGGAGGGGAAAGGAUUUGAGCCAACUGUUGAGGCCCUGUUUGGAAAGAACGGCUUCUUCCCCGACACUACCCUGAAGACAAUGUACUUUGUCUCUGACAACAUGCCAGUCAGAGUCAGUGAGAUCCUGCAGAACAUUCUCCCUGCUCUGAAGAACAACAGGAUGAAAAGACAGGCCUCACAAAACUUGAUGAGGGAGAUUGGACGCAACCUCAACAAACUGGUCAGGGACAUGAAGACGGCAGAGUCUCCAGAGGCAAUGGUUUAUCUGAGGCUUUUGGGAAAUGAGCUGGGAUAUCUGAAGACCAACGAAAUGGAGGAGAUGGCGUACUCUGCUGCCAUGAUGAUUGACAGCAUGUUCAAGAUGUUCCCAACUGAUAUCAUGAAGGCACUGAUGACCAAGGCUGACAACACAAUCUUUGCCCACUACAUCUUCAUGGACAAUGAAUUCUUCCUGCCCACUCUCACUGGUGUGCCUCUGAGGAUUGAACUGUCUGGUGCUUUCACCCCUGGCAUCAAGGGAGGACUUCAGAUUGCUUCAGACAUGAGUGAGGUGACCUUCAUGCCUUCCGCUGGCAUUGAGUUUGUAACUCAUGUUGGCUCCCACAUCCCUGAAUAUGUCAACUCUGGAUUAGAGAUGCACACCAACUUUUUCCAUGAAAGUGGGCUCAGUGCCAAGAUCUCCAUGGGCCCUGACAAUGUCAAGCUGACCAUCCCUGCUCCAGUGAAUCCUGUGAAAGUCAUCAAAAUCACAAACACCCUGGUGGCAGUGACUGGAUCAGAGGUGAAGACCAUCCCCUCUAUGCUGAUGGACAAAGUUGAUGUCAGCGAGUGCACUCCUUUCUUCGCUGGAAUGAAAUACUGCACUGCUCUGCAGUACACUGAUGCUUUUUCUCAGGAGACAGCCCCCUACUUCCCCUUCACCGGAGACAGCAAAUUCGCUGUGGAGCUCCACCCUACUGGUGAAGUCACUGAGUACACAGCCACUGUUGCCUACGAGCUCCUCAGGGAAGGAGAAGAGGGCCGGCAGAAGGUUGACUCUGUGAAGUUUGUUCUGAGGGCUGAAGGCGCAGCACCCACUGAAGCCAGAGCAAUCAUGAAAUAUAACAGAAGGAAGAAUGUCAUCGCAGCUGACAUCCAGAUCCCUGACUAUGAUGUGGAGGCUGGACUCAGGCUGGGUGUUGUUGAUGGAAACACCAAGGGAAAAGGAACUCAUUCCAUUUCUCUUGACUUGAUAAACAAGAACAUCCCUCAGCUCUCCCUGGUUGGCCGUGCCAAUCUGAAGGCCAUGAAGGAAGGUAUGCUGCAAGUCCAACUUCUUGUCCCCUCAAUCAAUGCUGAUGCCACCAUCACUGCGAACAUGAAGCGUGAUGAAGAAUUGGAACUGGAGCUCAAGAAUGAAAUCAAAGUCAUGGAUGCCAGCUCUGAGCAGAAAAUCAAAAUGAAAUAUGGUGCCAGCAAAAUUGAGAUUGAAUUAAAGUCGGACAUGAACUCUGACACCUCAGGCAUUCUUCCAUACACUGACAAGAUUAAAAAGUAUGGUAAUGAUGUUCUUGACAUGCCAGUAGGGGGGACUGAAAUGUCACUCUACCAAAUCUUCAAGGCAUUUGUGGAGGCAACAAACAACCACAUGGAAAGAUAUGGUGUUGAUAUCCCUUAUAUCGAGAGCUUCAGAGUGCCAGAUAUUCCUGAGAUUUCACUGCCAGAGAUGCUGUUCCUCAAUGCUGAGGCAAAGGCUGUCUACUACUUCAACAACGAGCGCUUCACCAUUGCUAUCCCUCUCCCUCUUGGAGGAAAGUCAACAGAGGAGCUUAACUUCCCACCAGUUUUGACAACACCUAGCCUGUCUCUACCCCAGUUUGGACUGGAGAUCGCCUCCAUGGAAAUUCCAAUCCCAGAGCUUGUUGUCCCUGAGGACAUUACACUGUCCAUUCCUCUUUUCGGCAAAGCUGAGGUUUCAACACUGAUGAAGAGCAACCUAUAUGACAUGGAGGCCUCAAUGGCUGCAGGCAAAGAUGUUGUGGAGACUUCAAGCUACUCAACUAAGUUUGAUGUGAAAGGAACCUCCCCAGUUGACAUCCUCUCAAUACAGACUGAAGGCUCUGGAAUGUUGGCCACCACCGAAUCCAUCAAGGCCGAGUUGAAAAGCUCUUUGACUCAUAAAUUCCUUGAAGCCAGUAUUAGUAUUGUUGAGGAUGCAACCAUCACAGACAAAAUCAAUUUGAAAUCAAGCAGCAAGAUUGAAGCCAGUAGCCCACUGGGUCUCAGUAUGGCACUCGAGCACACUGGCAUGACUGGAUUCAACACUGAAGAAAUCUCUGCUGACAACAGCUUUGUUGGAAUGUUCAAGGCUGGACCCAUGUAUGGCAAGACCACUUCAACGCAGGUGUUGGCCGUCUACCCAUUCAGGCCAGAGGCAAAGAUUGACUCCACCGUCAAGGUUGACUCCACCAUUGUUAAAGCCCAGAACACAAUUGCAGCAAACCUGGCCAAUGGUGAAUUCUCAGUUGUGUCUAACACCAAUGCCUUUGAAGACACCUUGACCCAUGUUGCAGAGCUUUCCUUCAAAGACAGCAAGCUGUCACUGAAAUAUGACGCUAAUGCCCUUGCUCUUGGCAUGACGAUCCGCAACCAGGCUGAAGCCUCUGCUGGUGCUGGUGAAGUUGUCAUGAGAAUGGAGACGAACGCAGACCACUCUGAAAACCGUGUUUACUCUCUGCUGACUGCCUCUCUUGAUGUCAAUGGUCUGGCUGUAAACAGUGAUGCCACAAUGAAGCUCCUUGAGAAUGAGGCUACUCACAAGGCUACUCUGAAAAUGAAUAAGGAUGGUUUGACCACAAGUGGAACAACCACCCUCCAGAGCCCCCUCUCUCUGGAAAACACCUUCAAUGCUGGGCUUGAUGCUUCAAAGGCUACUCUGUCCAUUACCAACAAGGCUGCAAUGCGCGACACAAAGGUCGAUAAUGCCAACACUCUGACCAUCACUCUCUCUGGUCUUGACUUCAACUCAAAGGCUGAAGCCACUGUCAGUGAGUAUUCCUCCUACACGCAUGAUAUCACCAUUGACCUGAAACCCUACACUGCCUCUGUUAAUGUUCAAAACAACCUGAAACUUCUGGAGGCCAACUUCAAUAAUGAGGCUCAGCUGCAGGCAGAGCUUUACAAAAUGGACCUGACUGGAAGCAUGAAAGCAACCUAUGGUAAGGAAGAGAUCAAGCACACCUAUCAGGUAAAUUAUGCUGAUAUGACUGGUAACGCAAAGUGCAGCACCACUGGAAAACUCUUUGGAACCCACAUAAGCCAAAACACUGAGCUUGAAGUUAUUGGCCUUGCUGCCACAAUCACCAAUGAUGCCCGCUUCAACUCCCAGCCAAUGCGCUUUGACCACACCAUCCGUUGCAGCAUUGUUCCUUUUGAUUUUAACCUUGACGCCAUUUUCAAUGCUGAUGGAGACAUGACCAUGUAUGGAAAGCACAGUGCCCAGCUCUAUGGCAAGUUCCUCCUUAAAGCACAACCCCUAGCCUUUGCUAAUUCACAUGAAUUCAGAGCAUCAGUAAACCAGCAGCUUGAUAACGGUUUUGUGCUUGAGACGGUCAUUAACAACAACAUGGAUACUGUUCUGUCACUCCCAGAGCAAAAGUCCAGUUUUAAAACAAAGGCUAAAUUGAAUGACAACAAUUUCAAUCAGGAGUUGAGUAUUUACAACACUGCUGAGAGAGCUGGAAUUGAGGUUUCUGGCACCAUCCUCACAAACAUACUCAACACAGACUCCACAGAGAACCAGGAAUUUACCAUCUCUGGCUUCCUCAAGUAUGAUAAGAGCACAAAUACUCACAUCAUUGAGUUUCCUAUUGUUGAAAGUAUUUCUGCUUUCUUGGAAAGCAUCAAGUUGCUUGUUGUACAUGUUGCAGAGACACUGCAAGACUACAUUGACAACAAUGACAUCUGGACCAAACUUGAAGACUUAUCGCAAAAUAUAGGGGAAUUUUAUACCAAUCUGAAUAUAGAAAGCAACCUCAUUCAGAUGAAACAGAAUCUAGAUGAUUUUACCCAAAACUAUGUCAUCUCCAUGGAGGAUAUGGAAGCCUCUUUGAGAAAUCUGAAGGUUUCCGUUGAGAAACUAUUGGCUGAUCUCACAGUUUAUAUCCAGCACUUUGCUGAUCUCAUGAAAGAGAUUAUUGGUAGUGGCACAUUCCCUGAAACCCUCAUUCAGAAGAUCCAGGAACAGCUGAAUAGCAUUAAUGAGGAGUAUGACAUCCAGGCUAUUGUUGUGUAUGUGAUUGAUACUAUGAAAGAGAUGAUUCAGCAGAUCGACCUGGAAAAACUGAAGGGCAGCAGCAUCGCAUUCCUGUGUGAUAUUGAUUCCAAGUAUGAAAUCAAGGCUCAACUACAGGAAAUCCUAACUGAUAUGAAACAAGUAAUUGAAAACUUUGACGUGCAGAAAUUUAUAUUUGACCUGAAGGAGUACAUUUCCUCCAUCAACUUUAAAGCUCACAUUGAGGAACUACUGAGUCAGAUUCCCACAGAGAUUCUCAGUGAUAUAACAAAUUACAUUGGGGGAAUGAUCCAGGACCUUGAUGUUCCAGGAAAGAUCAAUGCACUCUAUGCCAAGCUAAGAGAGUUGAUUGUCAAGUUUGAGGUUGACAAGUAUGUUCAGACUGUCUUGGAAAAGGUUACGGAGCUCAUCGAGCAGUUCAGAAUUGAGGAAACCUUCAGGGCAGUAGCCAAGAUGGUAAAGGAUGCAGAUAUCCCUACCAAAUUCAUGGAAAUCUUCCAUGGUGCUAUCAACUACUUAAAAACAACUGAGAUUACAGAUAUAAUUUCACAGUUGAAUUUAUAUAUUGGCAUAAUGGAGCAGAAGUUGAAUUCAUUUGAUUACAAUGACUUUUUGAAUCACGCCAAUCGAAUGAUGGCCAAGUACACUGCUUAUGUGAAUGACCUUAUAAGGUCUCUUGAAAUCCCCCAGAAACUUGAGGCCACAAGAAAUUUUGCCAACUUUAUCUUAUCAUCAGUUAGAGGUUUUGUGGAACAAGUGAGAGAAAUUAAGAUUGCAGAAUUUAUGAAAUAUGUGAAGGAUAUCAUUGACCAGAUUGUGUUAACUAAUCUGAAGGGAUAUGCUGAAAUUGCAAAGCAGGAAAUAGCAAAAUUGGACAUCAAUGCUGAAAUUUUCUCUUAUUUGCAGUUGGCAAGGAAGUGCUUUACUGAGUUCACAACCACUGCCGCUGAUAUGUUCACCAGUAUGGUUGAAAUGAUAAAGAAUGUGGCACCUCAGCAAAAAAUUGUCAGUGAGAUAUUACAAAUCAUUGAGGGGCUAAUAACUGAACUGAGAACAGCCGAGCUGAACAUGCCAUCUUUCACCAUUCCUUUCACUGAUCUCCUUGUGCCUUCCAUGAAGUUCAGCAUGGAUAAGCUUCACCAGUUUGAAAUACCAACACAGCUGGACAUCCCUGAGUUUACUAUCUUGGGCUUCCACACUGUGCAUGCCACCACCAUCUCACCUAAUGACAUCAAGCAGAAAAUCAUCGACUUAAUUGAUUACAUUCUCAACUUUGAGAAGGAGAUGUUUGAUAUGGAUGCUUUGUUUGAAGACCUGACUUUGAAUUACCUUCCUGCCGUGCCUGAGUUUUCACUCCCUGAGAUCACUGUACCUGAGUUCUCCUUUCCCACUCUUCCUCAUGUUCCAGCAGAGAAACUUGUUAAGACUCUCCAACUCCCAACAUUCAGACUGCCAGUCAUUCCUAGUAAAAUCAUGAUUCCAGGAUUUGGUAAAAUGAGUUAUGAGAUAAAAGUCAACACCCCUAUCUACACUAUUAGGAAUGCUGUUGAAGUCCAAAGCUCUCCUGACAUAGAUGAGACUCCUGAGCUGACAGCUUUUUUGACUUCACAAGGAACAUCUCCAAGAUUUGAAAUCCUUAACUUCAACCUGGAUUCCACUGCUCGUAUUGCUGUUGUCCAGGGGCAUCGUGUGAUUGCUGCUGAGACCCUUAAGUUCACUCACAAUUUUCUUGCAUUGGACCACCAUGCAUCUGUGACAUUUUUUGACUUCUCUGCCCAGGCCUCAGCCAAGACCACAGCGAAGGCCACCACAGCACCUUACAAGGCUGAGCUCUUAAAUGAAGGCUAUUUGACUACUAAGGGUGGCUUAUCUGCCACUAUUGACACUUCCUAUAAACAUGUGCUCAACCUCCCUAACAUGGGCAUCGCUGGUGAGACAUCUGUAACUCAAAAAGCUGUGGCCCGCCAGGAAGGUACUUCUAUCACGAUAACUGUUGGAAAUCAGGGUAUUACCACCAUUAACUCGCAUGAGAAUACCCAUAAGAGUGACCUGCAAGUCACUGUCAAUCCAAGUACUGUCAAGUUGACCUUCAUUAGUGACACAGAUACAUUCCUUUUGAAGAUGAAGCAGACCGUGAGUACUGAUUUUGUCAUCUUCAGUCAUUUCAAGUUUGAUUUUCGAUCUGAAGCUGAAGGCCCAACAAUCAAAAACAACCUUUUAGUGGGAUCAGUAAAUGCCAAUCUGCAUGACAUGGAGCUUGAGCUCAAGGCAACCCAAAACACAGAUUUAACUGGUAUUGUCAAUGGAGACGUAUCCAAUGUGAUCGAUGUUGUUCUCAGUCCCAAAGCCUUUGUGUUUAGCUUUCAGAAUAAGGCUAAGGGAAACACCAAGGUCAAUUUUAAUGAUGCUCUUACUGUCAAAAUAGAUUUGCAGAAUGAUUACUCUGCAACCUUCAGGCCUGACAGACAACAUAUGAACACUGUAGCUCUGGCUCGUCUUAAUCAGUACAAACUGUUCUGGAACUUUACUGUAGACAACAAUGAGAGAGAGGCUGUCAUCCUUGCUGCUGUAGAAGGAGAAGCAAACCUUGAUUUCCUGACUAGGCCCAUGAGCAUUCCUGAGUUUUAUAUUCCACUUGUUAACCUCCGUACCCCAGCUAUCAGUGAUCUUGACUUGUAUGACCAAACCGGGCUGAAAUACAUUUUGACCACUCCUGAACAGUCUUUUAAUGUGGAUACCAAGACUGUUUACCAGAAAAGCCAGGCUGCCCCCCUCGUUGAUAUGAUGGGUCUGAUCCAGAUUCCCUCUAUGGGCAACCUAAUUACAGAGCUGUCCAUCAAGUCUGCCAUCAUUAAUCUGAAUGUCAAUGCUGGUUUCUAUGCUGAGGAUGAUCUUGUGUUCCGUCUGGGAGCUACCACAGCCUCUGUGUUUGAUAGUCUACAAGCUAAACUUGAUGGCACCACCAGUCUCACCACCAAGAGAGGAAUCAAGUUGGCCAAUUCCCUGUCCCUUGAAAAUCGUCACAUUGAAGGCACUCAUGACAGCACUAUCAGCAUGCGUACUGAGACAUUUGAAACUGCAGCCACUGUGGCUACUGUUGCAAAGAUUGCACUACCCAUACUUAACCUGGAGGCAAACCAAAAUUUGAUUGCAGACACCAAAACCAAAGCAAAUGCUGUCUCAACCUUAAGGAUGAGGGGUGACUUCAACAUCCCUUUGAUCAAGGCUGUUGGAAAAGCUGACAUAGACCACAGUCUGAAGCUGGAGGGAACCUUUGCGUAUGUUUCCAUGGAGUCAUCUACUAAGGCCAACAUGGACGGCACUGUGCUUGAAGACUGUCUAGUUUUGGGAGUCCUGGAUAAUGAUGUUAAUCUGUACCUGAAUAAUGAUGGCCUUCGCUCCACCUCCAAGGUUAUUGUUGACGCCAAACUUAACUACGGCACCACCAAAGUCAUUAGCAUGGAUGUAAAUGAGAAUCUUGCUGUUGAUGCCUCUCUGAGCCAUGUCUAUGCAGUGCUGAAGUAUACUGGCAACAAUGAGGCAAAUGUGUUUAGUUUCAACACCAAGGGGAAGCAUAUUGCCCAGGCUACCAUUGACUUUGCACCAACCUCUUCCUUGACUGCUGAUAUUGAGAUUGACAUGUCUCAGCCAAGCAGCCUGGGUGACCUCACCAUCUUUGAAAAAACUGUUGCUGAGGUGACAGCCACCAAGCAGAAGAUCUCUACCAAUGGCAAGUUUGUCAGCCCACUGUACACCACAAAUUUCGCAGCUGAAGUAGAGGGCAACGCUCCAGUCUUCAAAGUCACCUUCAAGUCCUCUGCCACCUCGGUCACUGUUCUCCUGGAAUAUGACCUGGAUUCUUCCAUUAUUCUUAACUUUGAAAAUGAUGGCGUAAGCCUGAUUGGGAAGGCGGUUUUCACCCAUACUGAUAUGACCAUGGACAUUCAACACAUUGUCUCCCAUACACUGAGGUAACAUGAUAAGCAUCAUGUUGACUCCCGUCUCACUCUGAAUGUGGACAUUAACAGCCCUGCCUUCACUGAUGUGAACUUGCGUUACGUUGUCCGCAAAGAUGGAAUCAGUGCCACAAUUUCUAUCCCAUCUACUGGCUUUCUGGGUGUUCAGCUCCAAGGCAGGGUCCCAUCUCAGAUGAAUGCCAGGCUUUACGGGCGUUAUGCUUCAGAUCCUGGGAAGGAUGUUGAUGUCUUCACCAUCAGAGCUUCUGCCAAGGAUGUUGAUAAAAUGAAUCUAAAGAUGGUCUUCAACAUGGAAGCCCCUGACAUCAUGCUCAGCGGACUUCAGGAAAGACUUCCUGUCAUCAUCUCUUGUUUUUCUAGCUUUGCUGAGAAAUAUCAAUGGGUCAAUCAUGCUACUUGGCUGAAGAGUAUUAUUAUUUACUAUACUGAGGAGGCCCAUAACAUUGCAAACAACCAUGCCCCAGAUCUGAGCCAGGUGUCCAUCCUCUUUAGGAACACUGUUGCUCAGUACCAGAAGACUCUUCAGGUCUUCCUGGAUGAUGUAAUCAAGGUCCUGAGGGAGACCAAGGUCAAACUGCCUGGCUCUGAGGAGAUGACCCCUCUCAUUGAUGUGCUCAAUAAGGUGACCACCAGCAUUUCUACUAUGCUAAAGAAGGCAAUGCAUCUGGUGGCUGUCAGUGUAGAAUAUUCUUUCAGUGCCGUGCUCAAUAUGACCAAAAAAAUUCAGGUCACUAUGCCCAUUGGUGAUGUCAUGGCUGGAGUCAAAAUAAUUGACAAGAUUAAGGACUGGGUAAAGACUGCGCCUAAUCCUAUUGCAGGUCUCCUGAAGCACCUGGAGAGUGUAGACGUGCUCCUUGAGAAACUGGGUGACACCUUAAAAUUCAUUGUUGACAAAGCUCAGGACUUUGUUGACAACAACUUGAAGUCUGAUGUCCUUGAUGCCAUUGCCGUCUACAUUAAUGCUUUCUAUGACCAGUACGUUAGCUUUAUGAAAAGAAUCACAGAGUAUGCAGACACAGCUGUGGACAUUGAGUCUAUAAAUAACACCAUUAAUUACAUUCUGAAUGUUUUCAGAUCUGUAGUGAAUCAGUGUCACAGCACCGUUGCUGACUAUCUGGAGCAGGCUCCUGCUGAAUACAGAUCCUAUGUAAAAGUAAAGGGUAGAAAGCUUGAGAUUAAUUUUUGA